UUUACCAGAACUCUCAACAUGGCAGCCAGUUUGCUAAGGUCACUUGUGUCGCCAGUGAAAGUCUGCGGGCGUCAAGCGGGGGUCGUAUUUCCUGCAAUUAAGAUAAAUGUGAAAAGGGAUAUUAGCACAUCACCGAAGAGGAGUGCCAUAUUCUGUGCUGACGCUGCAGAUGCAGUUAAAGACAUAACUGAUGGGUCAAAGCUGCUGGUGGGAGGUUUUGGACUAUGUGGCAUCCCGGAGAAUCUCAUUAAUGCUUUACUGAAUACCAAGGUGAAGGACUUGACUGUAGUCAGCAACAAUGCCGGAGUGGACGACUUUGGCCUUGGACUUCUCCUGAAACAGGGACAGGUUCGUAGAAUGAUAUCAUCAUAUGUGGGUGAAAAUGCAGAGUUUGAGAGACAAUACUUAACAGGAGAACUAGAGGUGGAGCUCACACCACAGGGAACUCUAGCAGAGAGGAUAAGAGCAGGAGGGGCAGGUAUCCCUGCCUUCUUUACUCCCACUGGCUAUGGAACAUUGAUAGAGAUGGGCGGGGCUCCCAUCAAAUAUGAUGGCAAGGGAAAUGUUAGCUUGGCCAGUGGCCCAAGGGAGGUGCGAGACUUUGCUGGAGUUCCACAUAUCCUUGAGAAAGCUAUCACUGGAGACUUCGCCCUCAUCAAGGCCUGGAAGGCUGACAAGGCAGGCAACCUCACUUUUAGGAAGACAGCUCGUAACUUUAACCCUCCGAUGUGUAAGGCAGGGAGGGUGACUAUUGCUGAGGUAGAGGAGGUAGUGGAGGUAGGAGAGAUCCCAGCUGAGGAUGUCCAUGUCCCCCACGUCUACGUCCAGCGUGUCAUCAAAGGCCCUAGCUACGAAAAGAGAAUUGAGCGAUUACGCCUUACCAAACCCAAGAGUAUCGACUUCGACAAGAGCCCGGCUGCCAUAUUGAGGGAGAGAAUUGUUAGAAGAGCUGCCCUCGAAUUCAAAGACGGGAUGUAUGCAAAUCUUGGCAUUGGUAUGCCAAUGCUUGCAAGUAAUUAUAUACAGGGAAUUACGGUACACUUGCAGAGUGAGAACGGCAUUCUGGGACUGGGAGCAUUUCCCACAGAAGAUCAGGUGGAUCCAGAUCUGAUCAAUGCGGGUAAAGAAACAGUCACCAGUAUUCCUGGUAGUUCCUACUUCUCCAGCGAUGAGUCCUUUGCCAUGAUUCGAGGUGGCCACGUUGACAUCACUAUCCUGGGAGCCAUGCAGGUAUCACAAUAUGGCGAUCUGGCCAACUGGAUGAUUCCAGGUAAGAUGGUGAAGGGGAUGGGAGGAGCUAUGGAUCUGGUAUCCAGUAAGGACACCAAGGUCAUUGUAACCAUGGAACACACUGCUAAGGGAGGAAAACAGAAGAUCCUCAAUGAAUGUACCUUACCACUGACGGGGAAAGGAUGUGUCAACACUAUCAUAACAGAAAUGGGAGUGUUCGAGGUGGACCCAGAAGAAGGGCUGACAUUGACGGAGAAAGCUGAGGAUGUGCUUUUAGAGGAUGUGGUGGAAUUUACUGGUGCUGAGUUUAAGGUUGCAUCAGAAUUGAAAACAAUGGGACAGAUAGAAGUGGCGUGAUGAAGCUGUAUUGUGAUAUCUUAUGUUUCAGUGUCAUUGUAUAAUCCAUCGUGUCAUUUUCAUCAUUCCUCCGUGAAGGUUUGUAAGUUUGGACACCGUUGGAAUCAGUGUCAUUGUAUAAUCCAUCGUGUCAUUUUCAUCAUUCCUCCGUGAAGGUUUGUAAGUUUGGACACCAUUGGAUUCAGUGUCAUUGUAUAAUCCAUCGUGUCAUUUUCAUCAUUCCUCCGUGAAGGUUUGUAAGUUUGGACACCAUUGGAUUCAGUGUCAUUGUAUAAUCCAUCGUGUCAUUUUCAUCAUUCCUCCGUGAAGGUUUGUAAGUUUGGACACCAUUGGAUUCAGUGUCAUUGUAUAAUCCAUCGUGUCAUUUUCAUCAUUCCUCCGUGAAGGUUUGUAAGUUUGGACACCAUUGGAUUCAGUGUCAUUGUAUAAUCCAUCGUGUCAUUUUCAUCAUUCCUCCGUGAAGGUUUGUAAGUUUGGACACCAUUGGAUUCAGUGUCAUUGUAUAAUCCAUCGUGUCAUUUUCAUCAUUCCUCCGUGAAGGUUUGUAAGUUUGGACACCAUUGGAUUCAGUGUCAUUGUAUAAUCCAUCGUGUCAUUUUCAUCAUUCCUCCGUGAAGGUUUGUAAGUUUGGACACCAUUGGAUUCAGUGUCAUUGUAUAAUCCAUCGUGUCACUUUCAUCAUUCCUCCGUGAAGGUUUGUAAGUUUGGACACCGUUGGAUUCAGUGUGAUUGUAUAACUGAACUCAGUCUCAUCUUAUACACAUAUGAGCAAUGUAACGCUAUGUUUUGGAUUGUCUCUGUACGUACACUGCUAUGGUUUAGUCUCCAUACAGUUUAAUACUUUGUUUGUUAUUUCUGGGUCAGUAGGACCUUGUUAAUCAGAAUGUUUCAGUUCUAAAUGAUAUUUUGAUAACAACGAUAAAAUAUUGUGACGCUUGCCUUGAAUACAAGAGUUGCAGGAAACAUUUCCUAUGUUUUGUUAAAAUUUGAUGAAGGAGAUAUAAGUGAUAUUACUGAUCUUGAACACAGUAAUGGUCAUCAUAUUUGGAACCUCAGUGUCCUUAUCUUUUUUUCCCUCAUGGACAACUCUUGAAUGUUUGAAGAUAGCUCAAAUCAUGAUAAAUUGCAACCAAACAAACCCAUGUAUUCUAUCCUUUUUACUUUAAUCUUUGUAAAAUUUAAGUUACUGAAUGUGUCAAAUGGUUUAAAGCCAGUUUAUCAAAUUGGAGGCAUGUCUGUGAGACAGAGUGAUAUUGAUAUGAUGCCUUUUGAAGUCUGAUAGAAAUAUAUAUAAAUUUUAUAUUAAUAUCACUGUAUCUAUCUUUGUAUUGCUUAAUACAAGGUAAGAAUACAUGUACAUUGCAUUUAAUGUAGCUCAAUAGUGCUGGAAGCUAGGAGGUUACUUAGAUGUAAGUAGUUUGAUUACAAAAUCAUGCCUAUGAAAUUUUUCAACGGUACACCUGUAUUUUUUCGUAGUCAAUGGUUUGGAAGGAAUACAAAAUUUUUCGCUGUCACCAAUAUGUGCCCCCAAUCAAAACAUAUAUACUUAUGAUAUAACUUUGUGAAUAGACAAGCAACCAUGUAUUCAAAUUGUCAUCAUAAAUUGAGAUUUUGAUCACUUUUGUUUUUCCAUUUCAUCUCUAAUAUAAACUACAAAUGAACAAGUUGAAAUAACAAGCUAAGGCCGUAUCAGAUGCAAAGGGUAUCAAAUAGCGAGUCAUAACAGAUACAAGGGUAGAUCAAUAGUUUAAGCCACUAAAACCUGUAAAGAUUUGCCACAAAUAAAUCUGCCGAUUCAAACUUUGGCAUUCCUUGUGCUGUGAAAUUGUGAUAUAUCAGGUUUAUAUAAUUACUGGUUAGUUUAUAAUUAUGUAAUGAUGUCAAUACCAGAGUGCUUGCUUAACAUAGUUUUUUUUACAAUUUGUACACAGAAUUAAUCCUGUUCUGAUGACUCGUGUUACAAGCCCCUGCAUGUUGUCUAUGAAGUACUAUUUGUACUUGAUCUGUUAGUGUUUGCUCUCGUUUGAACUAUUUCUUAUUUUCAUUUUGUCCCUUGAAUAAUAAAUAGCCCAGGGAAAAAUGAAUUCCAAGCCAAAAAUGAUAUGUAUAUAGUUACAUAAGCAACAAUAUGUUUCUAGACCGUACAAACAAAGUGUUUUGCGAAUUUGUUUGCGUGAAAAUGUGGCAGUGCAAAUCUAAAAUUAUUGACAGCAACAGGACAAAACUUUCCUAUAUUUACACAAGGACAUAUUGGUAGACUGCUAAAGCCACCACACUAAAUGUCAACUAUACGGUUAGGUUAAUUCCUACUCCCAUGACAUGAGAGGCAUCUGGUCGGCCUUUUUUCAAUCGGAUAUGAUUUUGCCGACUGCGACGCCUGUCAAAAGUUUUUCGCCGUGUAAAACCUCUAACAUUGUUGGAGUAAUGUUAAGUCAUAAUCUAUGCGAUUUAAACAAAAAGAUAGUGGAUCUGUUUUCUUACUAAAAUUAUAUCUUGUCAUUAUGUUUGAAUGUUGAUGUAUAUGAGUGUGAAAUGCAUUUAUGUGAAGAUGUUUAUAUGUAUGUGGAGUGCUGUGGAUCUAAUGUGAAUGCUGAAUGUUGAAUCGAAUACACUUAACUGAAAUUAUUUUACAGUAAAGUAUGUUUAUUACGAACGGCAGAGGACCCAAAAAAUUAUUUUGAUAAACAUGUCUGUUUGCAAAGUUACUUACACCUUGAAGGAACAUUUCCAUGAGACCUGACUUUAUUUUAAGUAAGGAUUCUCAAAUUGUGUGUUCAUACUAUAGGCCUAUGUGUUUUACUGUAUAACUGAACCUUUUGUCACAUUGUACUUGUGUAUAGAGGAGGGUAUGGUAGUAUUCAUGUGUACAUAACAUCUAUACACUUUCAUGUGUAAACAGAGUGAGAUGUAACACAAAUAAAGUGUGAAAUAUG